CACCGCGAGCGUGUUACGUCAGCGCCGUGACAUUCAUGCGUUGUGUUAUCUGUCAAAAGUCGACCGAAGUGGGCUCAAGACUGAACUUAAAGACUAAUUUAAGACUAACUUAAAUUAAAAGCGCUUUUUUAGUGCGCCAGAGCUGGAAGUGUUUAGCACCUAUUUGUAUCACUUACCGGUAAUUUAGGCACAUUAAAACGAGUGGCGCAGUUUUUCACUUUAUUGCUGUCUGUUAACUUACACUUCACUAUUACUUUUCCCAGUAAGUUUACUCACUCAAAUGAGUACACCUCAUACGUGCAGCACAAGUCUCACUGGUGUUGCUGCUGAAAACAUGUGCCCAAACGGCUCUGUGCAGCUUGUGGAGUGAUAACGUUAGCUUUGCAAAACUGGUUUUAGUUCUGAAAUUAACGUUACAUUCCUUAAUACAUGUGUGCGUGACGGUAUCCUCAGAAGACCACCUAAUGCUGAAGUGAAUUUACAAUAUUUUACCAGGGCAUACGCUUUGCAGAGCUGGCAUCCUCUCACAAACCAGGAAGGAGACACAAAUUGGACUUUGUUCAAAGUUAGUUGUGGCAGAGUGACGUGCAGGUGUGUGUGUGUGUGUUGGUGUGCAUGCUGUGACUCAUCCCUUGUACUGUGUAAGCACACCUGUGGAGUUGCAGAGGGCACUGCCUCUCCUGUGCUGGCAGCUACACUCUUGCUCUAAUAAAUUGCUCUCCUAUUGUAUAACAUUGUGUGCAUACUUUAUAAUUGUGUUCCCUCCAGUUGUAUCUUUAUGGCUGUGCACACACUGCUUCAUUAUGUUCUCAUAACCAUUUGGUAUGUGCAGAGCUGUUUAUCAGGCGAACUUGUCUUUUUGCUCCCCAUUGAUCUACACACUCUGUGGGCUUCCACACCGGGCCAGUAGCUGUGAUCAAAACUCCUAUAUCCCGCUCUUAAUAGUGUUUGCUGAAUGUGUGUGCUCUAUGGUGUGUACUUUUGUAUGUGUGCACAUUGUGUGAGUGGGCGUAAAAGUGACAAAAAGGCAGAGAUGUGGAGCAGGCCAGGUCUAAUGUGCCAGCAAGCUUUGGCGUGUGCCUGUGCUGGCUGUGAGCCAAUACAGGUCCCUGCAUGUUAACACAGCAGUAGGCAGCUGGGCAGGUCUGAUCGAUUAGGCCUCUGUUGUGAGGACUUAACACAGUCAUGUGGGGAGCUGCGACUUUAAUUUGGCCCUAAAUGUGUGUACAGUGCUCAAAAGGGCAGAGCAAUGGAGCAGUUAUGGUGUGGCGGUAGUGAAAGCGUAUUGUAGUUUUUUUGCAAUCUCAUAUGAUAGUUGAUAUAAGAGAGGGGAAGAGACACAUUUUCCAUUCUGUGAGCUACUUGCAUAUCAGGUACUCAAAUGUAUACUCAUGCAUAUGAUACAAGUGUGUGUUUACGUGAAAGCAGAAGUAACACUUCAUGUCCCCUGUGUAGGUUUGCAACCUAAAAGAGAAGUGGACAUGUCAAGAUGUUGAUGAUGUAUCUUCCUGAGUGCCACUGUGUGUGUGUGUGUGUGUGUGUGUGAGGGAGUGACAGAGAGUGAGAGAUCAGUCCUGCCACACUAUUAGUCAGUGCUUGACUUUAAAGAGAUGGCGUGAAAUCACCAGGAAACAGAUAUUUAAAAAUAUCUUUCCAUGAGCAGGGUUAUUACCUGUGUAUGGUGCAAUGCAGUGAGCUGCCAUGUAAAGCUUGGAUUUUUAAUCUCUGCUGCGGGAAGUGCUGUGAAGAAAGGAAAGGUGUUCCAACAAAGAGGCUCUUUAAAGCUGAACUACUAUAUCUUCUGAAGUUCUUCCUGAUGUGGCAGAGGUGAGAAUUGAGCAUCAUGUUGGAGCCUCCAGAGCCAACCCAGGAGAUUGUGGAGUGGUUGUCCACCCUCCGCCUGUCCCAGUACACCCUGUGUUUCCGACAAGGAGGCUAUCAAGUUCUGGAAGACUGCAAGGAUCUCACAGAUGAGCGGCUUCUUGAGCUUCAAGUGUUUCCAACAGGCCAUCGUAGGCGCAUCCUCCGGAGUUUGGAAGCACUUGGGGUGAAGCAGCAGAGUGGUGGAGAGGAAGAUUAUGAGGAAGAGGGAGGGAUAGAGAACGGGAGGCGCCAAAGGACGCCAGUGCCUCAUCCGAGACAUAUCUUUCUGAAAGAUAAAAAGAGGGGGACUUCAUGUAAUCACAGUCAGCCAAAGGAGAAGAGGGAGUAUGAUUUGGUGGGGAGCCAGACUUUGCCUCCAGGAGCAGGACUGGGGAGAGACAUUGAGGAUGUACCAGAGAACAGAUACCUCUGCCCGCCUCAACCAGCCCCACGCAAUCCCAAGAACAUCCAGACAUCCAUGUCUGAACUAACCUGCAUUCCUGCCCCCGUGUCCUCCUGCUGCUGCAGCAGCAGCAGCAGCAGCACUGAGUCCCUCUCCCCUUCUGAAAUGCCCUCAGACUGGGAGAUUACCACAGAGGAAGUCCCCCAUUCAGCGCUUACUGAAGACCAUGGGGGGUUUUGUGGUGAAAUGGUGGAAAACUCCAUCUAUGAAACACAGCCCAACUUUAAAGUUCCUGCAGGACCACGGUUCACUCGCUCCUACCGGCUGAGGCACCGUCCUGUCCCUGAAAUCCCGAUUCUGCCCGUGUUGCCACUUCAUGACAGGAGCACACCACCACCGCAAACAACCAGCCCUGAACACCUAACCGGCUCCGAGGGUCCCGCCGGUGCAAACAGCAUACAGAAAGCUUCACUUCAAAGAACCUUGAUGCCCAUUGCUCCCUACGGAGAAACAUUCCUGUACAACAGCCCUGAAAACACGCCGGACCAUGGCGCCAAAGAAGGGUUACAGAAGGGUUUUAAGGACAAGCUAAUCCCGACGAAACAGAGAAAAAUGACGCCCAAACAGAAAGAGUCCACGGAAAAAGGGUCUCCUCCAGCUAUCCCAGACCGCUUCAAAGACGAAUACUCAACAGUGGAGGAGUGUGUUGGUAUUUUGCCGCAAGCCGGUUUGGACCCAAGUUUUGCAGUGACCCCUGAGGCUGCCUCUGGCCCUAAGGAUGGGUCUUUAAUCAUGGUGGAGUGUGACCUCUACUCGGAGCCUGCAGACACUCUGGGGGGGGCAACCAGAAACGCACAACCUGAUAUUUCUCCGUACGCAUGCUUCUAUGGAGCCCCCAAACUCCAGACGCUCAAAGUGGGCUGGCUGGACAAACUGUCACCUCAAGGAAAUUGUGUUUUUCAAAGGAGGUGGGUGAGAUUUGACGGUGAGAGUCUGGCCUACUACAACAAUGACAAGGAGAUGUACUCCAAAGGUAUGAUCCUGGCCAGUGCUGUCAGACAGGUGCGAGGACUGGGUGACAACAGGUUUGAGGUAGUUACCUCCCUUCGGACCUUCAUAUUCCGGGCUGAAAGAGAAGGGGAGCGCCAGGAGUGGAUGGAAACUCUUCAGACGGCCACGCGCCCCCCCGCCUGCGGCUCCCAGAAACGCUCCGACAUCCUCCCCUCCUCCACAAACAAGCGAGGCUUGCUGGAGCUCCGCGGUUACAAAGGCAGAGUGCUGGUGUCCCUGGUGGGGAGUAAAGUCAGACUCUGCAAAACAGAACAGGACUAUAGAGCGGGUCUGGCUAUUGCUGAAGUGGAACUGACUGCUGCCAAUAUUAGAGACAUGGACCGCCGGGGCUUUGAAAUAAACACACCCUUCAAGAACUUCUGCUUCACGGCCGAGUCAGAACGGGAGAAGGAAGAGUGGAUUGAAGCAGUCCAAGAAUCGAUCGCUGAGACACUCUCCGACUAUGAAGUGGCAGAGAAGAUCUGGUUCAACAAGGCCAACAGGAGCUGUGCCGACUGCCGUGCCCCACAGCCGGAGUGGGCAUCUGUGAAUCUGGGCGUGGUCGUCUGUAAGAAGUGUGCAGGGCAGCACCGUUCUCUUGGCCCAAGCAUUUCAAAAGUGCGGAGCUUGAAGUUGGACAGCAGUAUCUGGAGCAAUGCGCUAGUGGAGCUCUUCUUGGAGGUGGGGAACAAGAAUGCCAACAGUUUUUGGGCUGCUAAUCUUCCCUUGGAGGAAGAGCUCUACAGUGGGGCUUCAGCAGAGCAGCGCGCCACUUUCAUCCGCAGGAAGUACAGGGAAAGGAAGUACCGGAGGAUCCUGGAGGGCUUUCAUAACCGGGAGCAGCUCAACCAGGCACUGUGUGCAGCUGUGGUGUUGCCUGACUUGCUGCAGACUAUGGCGCUGGUGUUCAGUGGGGCAGAUGUUAUGUGCGCCACCAGGGAUCCAACCUUCUCCACCCCGUAUCUCUUGGCCCAACGUGCUGGACAAAGGCUACAAAUGGAGUUCCUGCACCAGAACAAACUUUCCGAUUUCCCCAGAAUCGAGCAGUGUUCGGAGAACACCUCCCUGUCUGAUGCUUCCCUCUUCAUGGAUGGCUUCCUCUACAUCUCCUCUGGCCCAGCCAAGACGACGCUGGACCGCCGUGGAAGAGAUGAUAUGGCACGCCGUUGGUGCACGUUGGAGGGCGGCUUCCUAAGUUACUAUGAGAGCGAGCGAAGCCCGUCGGCCAUCGGCAGGGUGGAUGUCACCGAGGUGGUUAGCCUGGCUGUCAGCACUAGAGAGACAAUGACUGGAGCUGGGGCUGUGUUUUCUGUAGAGUUGUACCUGCAGACAGAGCGAGUACUGAUUGUCGGAGCUGAAACACAGGAAACACAGCAUGACUGGAUCCAGGCGCUAACAAAGUGCUUCGUCCCGUCUAAAGUCGAGGGAUUGGUGCAGAAAGACAGUGAGCUGAUUGGCAGACUGCAUUACAAAGAAGGCCAUGACCUGUACCACUGGAGGAUGGGCUGGUUUAUGCUGGAAGGCUCUGCCCUGCACUUCAGCUCAGGAGAGGAGGGUGAAGAGGAGGAAGUGCUUCAACUCAAACAGUUACAGGAGCUCACUGUCUCCACGCAUACGGAGGGUGAGGACAAGAUCCAAGUCCUGCUGAUGGUGGAGGGCAGAAGAACAGUUUACAUCCAUGGCUUCAACAAGAUGGACUUUGCACUGUGGCACUCCUCCAUCACGUUGGCUGCUGGCACAGAUGGCAAGGCGCUCAGCGACCAACAGCUGACUAAAAAUGGUGUCCCUAUUAUUGUUGAAAGUUGCAUCGCUUUUGUCACUCAGUAUGGUUUGUGCCAGGAGGGGGUCUACCAGAGGUCAGGCGACCCUGGUCGAGUGGCCCACCUCCUGGAUGAUUUCACCCGGGAUGCCCGUAAUGUGAAGCUGAGGGAGAAGGAGCACCAUCUGGGGGAUGUGACGGACACCCUGAAAAGAUUCUUAUCCCAAGCAGAGGAUGCACUGUUGACCAAGGAGCUCUAUCCAUACUGGGUGUCAGUUUUGGAUGAGAGGGACGAGAGGCAGAGAGUAAAGAAGUACUCCACUUUCAUUGAGAGUUUGCCAAAGAUAAACAGGUCAACUCUUGAUGCUCUGCUUCAACAUCUGUACAGGAUUCAGCAGUGCUCCCACCUCAACCACAUGCCGAGUGAAAAACUGGCCUCUGUCUUCUCCUCCUGCUUGUUCCAGACUCGGGGACAAAACCCACAGGAAGCUAACGUUGUCAACGACCUCAUCAGCAACUACAUUACACUCUUCAGUGUCAACGAAGACCGGCUGCAACAGAUGGAGAGAGAGAAUAGUUUCAUCACACGCUGGAACGACAAGAAGGACGCCACAUUCUCUCCAGCUGGGGAUUUGAUCUUCGAAGUGUACCUGAUAAAGAGACAACCAGAGAACUGCUGUUUAAUAAAGGUCUCUCCCAGUAUGCGGCCCACGGAACUUGCAGAAACUGCGCUGAGCAUGAGGAACAUCGCUUUUAACGCUGAUGACUUCUGGACCACCUUUGAAGUCAUUGAGAAUGGAGAGUUAGAGCGACCGUUGCACCACAGCGAAAAAAUUCUUGAGCAGGUGCUGGAAUGGAGUACCUUGGACUGUCCCAGCUCUGCUUUUCUUGUCAUAAAGAAGUUUUCAGGGGCCAAAAGAGUUGCUGAUGGGAAAGCAGAGCAAAGGCCGAUCAUAAAAGGCGACUAUCUGAAGUUCACUGAUGGAUCCUCCAAACUGCUGUCAGGGCACAAAUUCCAGGAUAAAUAUGUUGUACUACGUGCAGAGAAGCUGCUGCUCUACAGAGAUAUCAAAGGCACUAAAGCAGAGAAAGUGAUUCAGCUCAAGUCUGUGAAAUGUUACCUGGGCCUGAAGAAAAAGCUCAAACCUCCAACUGACUGGGGCUUCACAGUCUACACUGAUAAACAACAAUGGCAUUUCUGCUGCGAGAAGAGGGAGGCGCAGGUCGGCUGGGUGACGGACAUCAUCAGGAUGAAGUACGGCUCUGACCUCUGUUCAAUGAACGUUAACUCAAAAGAAGGUGCAGAUCUCAAGUCCCCCAGAGGGGGAGCUGUGCCCGAAGGCUGGAAGAUGCCAACACACAAUCACAAUUCCGACAGACAGUUGAAAGACAGGAGGAUUUCUCUUGAUGAUGGCAACCCAAGGCUCACCAAGGAUUCCACUCUCAAGAUGAACACCAUGCUCAAGGCCCCAGAAGUCCCGCACAGACGACCCUCUGUGGAUGUUUGCCUGCCUCAGCGCCUCCCUUCCCCGUCCCCAUCCAGACACUCGCAGCCCAUGGCUUUGCCCCUUCCUCCUCAGAGUGGCUUUAAAACCAUCGGCAGGAGACCUGUUCUGGGUGGGGAGGCCUUGAUUCCGCCUAAUCUGCUGAAUGAACUCAACUCGGUGCUGAGCAAGACUGGCCGCACUGCUAAGAGCAAUGACUGACAGGAAGCGGUAAGGCAAACAUUACAGCUCUGAGUAGAGAAAGAAAGAUGUGGAGAUUGACAGAGAACAACCACACAAAAAAACAGAUGGAGCCAAAGUAAGUUGCUUUCAUGCGAGGAGCCUAAAGACUGCUUUUAAACUCGGAUAUAUCAAGAGAUGCCGAUGCACAAAGGGUAGAAGAUGGAAGAUGUGGAAAACAGGUGCAGGAGACACUGGAGGUCAUGCAGGCCUCAGCUGGACAUGGCACUGACCCAAGCACUACUAAAAUGUGAUUCAUAUGCUGCUCUUCUAAACCCACAGAAUUUUAUGAAAAUAUGUUUGGCUGUCAAACCUCAGACGUUUCCAGAAAUACCCCAAACUGCUUACUUCAUGCUUUUAAGGUUCCACUUACUUUAAAAAAAGGCUGUUUUGACUACUUGUGAAAAGUACUGUGAUUAUAUUAAUCCAUAUACAGUUAAGUUCAUCUUUAGUUAAACUUUAGUUAAAAUAAAAUUCACUAGCAGAUUUGCCCGCAUUCACUUUGUACUGUAGUUGCACUUAUUAAAUAGAAUUUUUAAUUAUUAGUGGCAGGGUCCGCCAUCUCAGCACAGAAUUAAAAUACUCAUAGUUAUGUUCAGGAAUGCAAAGAAAAUGAUGCAUGCAUAUAAAAUGCAAAAGAAAAGAGCAGGAUAGGGCCACUAACCAUUAACGAUGGCUAAUAGACCUCCGUUUUCCUUGACACGAGUGGUUGGCAAUCUCGUGUAAUUAUUUAUUUGUGCUUAUUUUUUUUAUAUAUUUUUUAUCAGUUACCCACCAUUUUUUUCACUGUAACCAUUAACUGUAUGGCUAACUAGCAGCAUUUUUAAGCAUAUGAUUCUGUGGUGCACCACUGUAAACUGCCACCAAAUGUGAUUUUAAUGUACAGUAUAAGUAUAUUAAUAAAUAUUGCAAAAGGCUUUAACACGCCAUAGUACUGACAGUUUAAUCUUUCCUGAUAUGUAAAUUGCAUUUGUCCCACAUUUUAGUGCAAGUUGCACCUUUUUGUUUUGUUUUCUUAAAAAAAACAAAAAAGAUUUUAUGUUAAACCCAAGCCAAAUUUAGCUUAAACCCCUUCAUGUUAGUUUGUUUUUGCAUGCUCAUUGGUAAAAAACACACCGCAAAAUAUAAAAUUUUGUUUCCCUGUAAGAGCGCACGCAAUAAAGUCUUUUAAAAGCUUUGUGAGACUUUA